UGAAGGCCCUCUUUCAGCCACCGUACAUUCGCGGAAGGAGUUAAAACCGCGUCUUAGAGGCUUGAUUUUUGGGGGGGAAUUACAUCCAUCUAGUUAACUAAUAUUCUUCUUCUUCUAUUCUAGGAGUUUGGCAUGGAAGAUGAGUGGGAAGAGGAGGAACGGCUUGUUGUGGUGGAGUUAUCUGGAAUAAUCAACAAUGACUUUCUGUCCAAGUGUCGAGGCACGUGCAAGAUACUGGAUAUAGACAGCGAGAAGCCUAUGAUGCAAGUUGGACAAUAUGUGUUUGCAGGGGAAUAUGAGGACACUUUGGGAACCUGUGUGCUGUUCGAAGAGAAACAACAAAAAGGAAAAUCAAACAUUGGUCCUGAACUCCAAUACAUGUGCCACACUAUGAAGAAGCUGACGAUGCAGCGAAUUUUUGUUACUGACAAGAAAGAGGUUGAAGAAGGCACAGUUACAGGAGGAGGGGAUGAUGAACAACAGAACACAGACUGUUUGUCAAAUCAAGAGGAAAAUAAUAACCCACAAGAAGUUAUAGAAGACAAUAUGGACAACACAAAUGUGGAGGACUCUGCAGUUGGUUGAGAUAUGGAGACAUUGCCACAUUAUGACCUUUAUAUGAUGAUACCAGUCCUUGCUUUGUCAGGUACUAAAUCUUGGAGAAAUUCAGUGGGAUAUACACACUUUAACUGCAAAAGGGAGAAAUGUCUGUCUUUGUUAGUGUUGUACUUUGUGUUGGGGUUCUUUUGCUGGAACAUAACAUGCAACAAUGCCUCCUCUGCACUGAGCUUCAGAAGGACUUAUUUGAAUAUCCAGUACAAAACAUCACAGUUAAUUGUAGAUGUAUGAUGUAUGAGAUUAAUUCAAAAGUCUGAUGUGAUCAUGAAUUCAUGUCACACCCCUGGUCCCCUCGCCCCGCCCCCUCUACUUUAAGUGGAUUGUGCAUUUGUUACAUCUAACCAUAAGGACCAUCAAGUCUCCCCUGUACUGGAUCAUAACUACCCUUGUAGUGGAGAGUCACUGUAAACUGCUGGCAAAAAAAUACAAUGCAUUGUCCACAUUUACUGGACAAUGUGAGAAAAUGAGAACAACUGCAAUGGAAAACAUGGCAUAUUCAUUUUGUCUACUUUUCCAACAGUCUUGAAACUGUAGGGAUGGCGCUAUGGUCAUGUAUACAAUCAAAAAAGUGUAAAUUGUACUUGCCUCAUUUGACCACUGAUCUUCAGGUUUAAAACAUAAGAAAAUAAAGCUUUAGUUUUUU